UCAUUUGAAAACUUAACUGAGUCCCAGUCACUGCGGAGAGCUGCUCGCUUCUUCCCUCCAGGAAAGUUCUCCCUCGUGUACAGAGACAGGCGCCCCGAAGAAGAAGUAUUGGUGAAAUAAACUAAGGAAGAAAAGACGCAUUUCUUUGCUGAAGGCGAGGCAAGAGGAUUUUAACAGCAGAUAGCGGAGCAGACAGAGCCCCUCUUCUGUGGGCAAAGGCGGGUUUGCUGAACUUUUUUUCCCCUUAAAACAGACACGACCACAAAAAAAAAAAAAAAAAAAAAAAAAAUGAACCGGAGCUUUAAGCGACAUGCGGACUGUAACGCGGUGGAAGUAAAAAGCAAGUAUGGUGCAGAGUUCCGCCGGUUUUCGGUAGACCGAAUCAAGCCUGGCAAAUUUGAAGAGUUCUACAAGCUCAUCUUGCACAUCCACCGUAUCGCCAACAUGGAGGUGAUGAUCUGCUAUGCAGACAUCCACGGUGACCUGCUGCCUAUCAACAACGACGACAACUUCUGCAAAGCAGUGUCAACGGCUCACCCACUGCUUAGGGUCUUUAUACAGAGACAAGAGGAGAUUGACUACGCUAACUUUGGCACAAACACAAUAACACGCAAGAAGAAGGCAGUGGUUGCCCUGCGCAACAACGAUGUGAGCCGCAAGCGGCCACACAUCCGCAUCGGUAUGCCACAGGACUUCCGACCUGUCUCCUCCAUCAUUGACGUGGAUAUCCUGCCCGAGUCUCACCGUCGCGUCCGACUGUAUCGUCACGGCUCAGACAAACCUCUAGGUUUUUACAUACGGGAUGGGACCAGUGUGCGGGUGACACCACACGGGCUGGAGAAAGUCCCAGGCAUCUUCAUAUCGCGCCUGGUGCCUGGCGGGUUGGCUGAAAGCACAGGGCUGCUGGCUGUUAAUGACGAGGUGCUGGAAGUGAACGGAAUUGAAGUGACCGGGAAGUCCUUGGAUCAAGUAACGGAUAUGAUGAUCGCCAACAGCCACAACCUGAUCGUCACAGUCAAGCCGGUGAACCAGCGCAACAACGUGGUCCGCAGCAGCAGGAUCUCUGGCAGCUCCGGCCAGUCAUCUGACAGUAGCGGGUCCACUGGUUACCCAAGUUUGUCAGUGCCUUCUGUGGGGAUGACCUCCUCUGGAGCCCACGGUUACACAGAUGACCUAGAGAGCGAUGAGGAGGCAGAUAUCGUCAUCGAGAACAGCCUCAAGCGGCCCUCUCAGAGGUCCAAUGCGUCCCUGGCGUCCAAUGUGUCUCGCUCACAUCAGCAGAUACCGACGAUGGCUUCGGGCCCUGUGCCGCCUCCCAGCCCUCCCACGCGUCCCUCGUCAGUGAUCUCCACAGCCUCCUUCCACUCUCAGCCGAGCCUCAACGGGGUCUCCCACAACCAGCACCAGCACAGCAGCAGCCUCAGCUACCAUCUCCACAGAGACCUGAACCUGCAGCAUAACCUUCACCAUCAGUCGCAGCAUAGUCCUCUCCAUGUACAGCCUCUGCACCACAGCAGCAAUCCCACCCUCCGCCACAGCAAUGGCAGCCUGCACAAAAUCCUCAGCUCCCUGAAAACGGACCCACGGCACAGCCUGGCGCUGCCCAGGGGAGGGGUGGAAGAGGACGGCACUGUCAUUACCCUAUAAUACAUGCACACACAGACAAAAACAUCCCAACUGCUCAAGAGACUCAAACUUGAAACAUGAGCAUCAGUGUAUUUUGUCGCAUACUAAUUUUAUAACUUCUGUCCAUUUUACAAAAUAAGUGAUGAUUGGAAGUUACAACACAGAAAAUGUAUUGUACAUAAAUCUUGUAUUUUUAAAAUUUCUUUGUCUUACAUCAAAAGAUCUGUACGUAUGUAUGUAAUAAGCUUCAGAACAACUGUUUUUAAGCAAGUCCACUGUAUUUUAGAGUUCUGAAUGUGCCUCCAUCCCGAUACCUAUUGUUAGUGACCACUUUUAUCAUGUGUCUUUCAUUCUAAUUACUGGGACCAACAUGGGGUUUCAUAUGGAUUUUUUAAAGAGUAAAUCUAUAUUUCUUACAAAUUCUGAUAAAUGCUGUGUAGAAUAUGAUUUUCUUUUUUUUAUAGUUCUUUUAUGCAUUGACGAUUGUGAUCAAAUCCCUGUAUCUGUUCCAAUAAAUUAUUCUAAGUCUCAAUUUUCAACAUUCAA